AUGGAUUUAUUUACCAUUCUUUUUGUUUUGUUAAUUUUAUUUUUCAUAUUUGAUUAUAAUUUUUGCUCAAAGGGGUUGGUCUUUUCGAUUGGAAAAAAAUCUCUGCGGAUUCUCAAGGGGUGCAGUAGUCUGGAGCGAGUUUACCGGAGCCCGCUUUACCUCAUCCACCCAGUGCUGCAACAGCUAUUUGUGCACGUUUUCUACAUUUACCUGGAAAAAAAAAAGGCAUACGUAAAUCACCUCUUAUGGGAAAAAACAGAAGAAAGGAAGCAGAAAAAAAAAAAUAGCAAUCAAGGUAAAGCAAAAUGGAAAAGAACACUAAUAAACAUACCUCAGUUCAUAGGAAGUAUUUUUAUCCAAAUAAAAAAAUGGAUGCAAAAUAUAUUGUGGCAAUUCUUCUUCUUCUUCAUUGAAUAUACAAGAGUAUAUGAAAAUAUUUGCCUCAAAUCAAAUAUCAACACACGGGAAGUUCUCAGCAACAACAACUUUGGCGUUGUAAUUGUAGACUACUACCUUCCAAAUUGUACUGUUAAAAAAAAAAAAAAAAAAAAUUGUGAAAAUUCGAAAAAGAGUAGCUACGAAAUUGAUUUGUACGACUUGGUAAAUAUAAAACAGGAGAAAAAAAUUAAACUUAUUUUAAUUGAUCAGAAAUGGAAAAAUGCGCUGAAUAUAGGAACCACACAUGAUCCGCAUGUCCAGUUUCUGUACCUCCAAGAUACCGUCCUCAUUCAGUAUUUCCAGUUUGCUUGCAUAUUUAAGGAGGAAUUCUUGAAGAACUCUAGUGAACCCCAUGUGGAUGGAAACGACCCAUCCCAGGAAGUGGAAGAAAAAAAUUAUGUUCAGGAAAACAUUACAAAAGUAUACCAUGGGAAAUGUUCUACACAGAGGGAAGAUAUCGCUCUGGCGGAAGAAGUGCCAAUGGAGGAAAAAUCCACCAAAGGAAGGAGAAGCCAUAUUCAGGGAGAAGAAUUUAACACAUUUGAUGAACGAAAUGAACAUCAGAGCUCCCUCUCAGGGAAAUCAUCUACUGUACAAGAAUGUGUAGAUGUACAAACAGGUAGAAAGCAGAAUGGAGUGAAGGUAGGUUCAGAAAUUUUCUCAUCCGAACAAAAAAACAAUUUUGAUGUAGACGGAAACGGAGAGAACGCCAUGGAAGAUAAAAUAAGAACCCACAUGAAUAAAUGGAAAUACAAAAAUGUGAAAGGAAUAAUUGUAAUUGUGCCUGAAAUAUUUUACAAUUAUAUAAACGUAGAAGAAGUAAAGAAUUGCGCCCCCCUAUAUUACGUGCUUUCGAAAGAUGUCAAAAUAGACUCCUUUACGGUAAUAGCCAAAUUGCUUGGAUAUAUUUGUGUGCAUGUUCAUAUUAAUAUAAAUUUUGGAUUGUCCAUUCCGUUCAUUUUUAGCAACAAAAAUUCCAACAUACUGAAUAUUACCAAUGUGGAAAGUAGAAAUGGUACCUCCAUUGGGGGGAAACUAAGCGGAAAUGUAGACCAUCAGUACCUCCAUAACUGUGCCCACAGAAGCAGUGCAAUGCAACCUCAAUCAGUUGUUUCAUCUUACAAGGAAGAUCAGGACAGAGAUCUCCCUUUGUGUGAGAAUUUCCUCCAUGAUGAACAGAGGCGCGUUCCCGAAGAAAACAACAAGGUUGCUAAUCGACUCUCCGACGAAGUGGACAAUAGUAAUAGAAAGAAAACUUCAUAUGAUCAUGUCAAUACUAGCGAGACAUUAAAAAAUUGUGCAAAUGGAAAAACGAAGAAGGAUACCGAGGAGGUACAGUUGGGGGAAGGAAUAAAGGCUGAGUUCAACGCGCCGCUUUUCUCAUGCCCAUUCUCCUUCUAUAGUGACAACUACAACGAUUUGAAUAUUGCCAUGAGUCAUUUUAAAUCUAUUUUUAAAAAUCACAAUUUCGUUUUCCUCGGCUUCAAUGAUGGUACAAAUAUUCUGCUAAAUUAUUUUUUGGAAAAAAUUUACAAAAAAAAAAAAAACAAAACACCAGGUGAUAGUAGCAAAACUCCCCAUUUCAAUUUGCACAGUGCCAGUCCAUACAAAUCCCCUCUACUAAAUUACAAAGCGAAGGGGAAUGUCGACCUGAAAUUUGACCCAUCAAAUAAUCACAGUAAGGAAAAAAAAAAAAACAGUUCGAAAAUUGGACAGGCAAAUAAAAGCGAAGAAGAAGGCGAAGUGAUAAAUCAACAGAGUUAUAAAAAUAAUAUUAUGAAUAUUUUUUUUAAAGAAAAAAAAAAAUCCGAAAGUGAACACACAAAUGGGAAAAACUGCUUUAAAGAAAUAAAAAAAUGGCACAUUGAAAAUUUGAUAUCUGACAUGAAAAUACGAAAGGGUGAAAAUUCCAUCUUACAACAUGAUCAUGUGAAGGACGAACAGGGGGAACAGGCCUCUUCCAGUACCAGGAAGGUUAUGGAGGAAAACCCGAAGCAGUCAUAUGGAUUCUCUCACAAAAUGGAAAACCUGCCUGCGUUACGAACACAUGGGGUGGAUGACAAGGUGGAUAAUCACCCAGUGGGACCUAACCAUCACGAUGUGGAGAAUAACCGAUUGAUGGAAGGGCACGGGGCAGAAGGAAAAGGAGAAGAACAAUACGAAGCUGAGCAGGACUACUCCGAUUAUACAGAUUGCCAUCAAGAAGAGGGAGAGGAUAAAUCCGAUGACAGAUACACACAAGAAGGAAAUAUUGGUCUCAACAAUGACUCGGAAAUUUUUUCAAAAAAAAAAAAAAAGAAAAAACAUAUGGAAAAGAUAAAAAAUAUGAAAGAAAAAUGGAAAAAGAAAAAAAUAGAGUCAUUUAUGAAUAUAUCUAAAUUAAACUUUUUUAACAAAGGUAAAGACAUUUGGGGAAAGAGCGACUUCGUCAAGGAGAGCGAAUUUAACGCAGUUACUGAGAUGGAGGGAGACAAGAAUUUGUAUGCUGACAUGUUAAAAUAUAACAUUAAAGGUGACAGAAACGGAAGCGAUGAACACAGCUAUAAGGACGGCAAUCCCCAUUGCAAUAGUAAGGACAGUGACCAACGAGCGAACCCUCAUUUGGCCCAUUUUGCUACAGGUGAGGAAGAAGACCUGGUUGGCCAUGAUCCCACCAUUUCUCUCGGCACAGUGCGUGGUGAAAGACUUCAUAAGGAAGGGGGGGAAAUGGGAUCUGGACAAUAUGAUGAAAGCGGAGGAGAAGACAAGGAAAACCGUAAUGUUCACCACAAUGGAGAUCACGAUCGAGGUGAUGUCCACUCUCGAAACGACGAAGAGGGGCCCAAACCAAUCGAAGCUCCACUCCCCGACUUUGACACAAGUUCGAUGAAAAAAAAAAAAAAAAAAAUGAUAAAAAUAAACGUACUUGACAAAUUUCGAAAUAGAGAAACGAAGAUAAUGAAGGAGGGACGGCAGGUGGAGGACGCAUCAGGAAUUUCGCAAAAAUUUAGGUACAGCUUUUUCCGAAUAAAAAAUAAAAUCACAAGUAAUUUCAAAAACCCCGAAUGUAAGAAAACACAGCAUGAAAAAAAUAUAAUGGACAGAGAUCAAAUGAUGAUAAACUCGUUUAUUAAAAAUAAAAAUGUACUACUUGCAGAAGAAGAAAGUAAUUAUUCCGAUACCUCUACAUGUGAUGAAUAUGGAAAGAAACACACAAAAGAAAUAUGCCUUUUAAUCAAUUUUUCCUACAAUAAUAUGUUUGAUAUAUUUAAUUAUCCAGAUGAUUUUAAUGAAACGCAGAAAAAAAAAUUUUCCCUCAUUCAUACAAUUUUCUAUUCUAUACAUAUUUUUUUGAAAUCCUUUUCAACCCUCAUUAAGCAGAGAUACUUCUUCUCCUGCACGAGCGAGUUAACGAAGUUUUUCAAGGCAUCUUUAUUUCACCGUGUCAGUUUUGACACACCAAAUAGGAGAAUUCCCCAGGGGCGAGGACGUAGCUUGGGGGGUACAUUGCUUUUUGGACUCCCCACCAAUAGGAAGGAGACAGAACAACCGAUAAAAGUUGUUAAUAAUGGGGGGCAUGUGCAAUGUCCAUUAAGUAGACAUUGCGUUCCAGAUCUCUCGCUUAACAAUGAACAAAUUCCUUUGGAUGGAAUUCCAAAUGUUCCGCAUUUCUCAAAUUACCCCAUUAAAACAACUAAUGAUGACGAAAAUUGCUCCUCUCUCAGUUUUAUUAAAAAAGAUCCUAAUCAGAAUUACAAAAAUGAAACUCAGUACAAUGUCAUCGGUAAGAAGGGAAUUUUCCUGAACAUUGGUGAAAACACAGGAAGCAGUAAGGAUGAAAGUAUUAACGUCAAGCGUAUAAGUGGCAAUGAAUCCAUUCUGAAGGACAUGAAUGAUGAACAUCUCGAUAUGGGUUGCACACACUUAACGAAUGAUGAAGAUAACCAUCUGUUUAGCACCACGAACAAGAGUAGAGAAAGCGCAACAAAUCAGAGUUUUUUCAGGGGGAGUCAUUUCUUCUGGCAGAAUCAUCACGAUGGUAGCUAUUUGGGAGAUCAGUCCAUCAGCUCACGUGUACCCAUUUUGAGUGGUAACGGCGAGGUGGAACGCUCUUCCAAACAGCGUGAAUCCUGCUUCCAUAGGAACUUCUUCGAAGUAGACAUGUCUUUGUUGUGUGGAGAUCGCCAAGGGGGAUUCAAAUUCCCACACGAUUGUGAAUUCGCAAAUGGGGUUUCCCCCAAUGGGGGCGUACCACGUAAGGACGCACCCAAUUACGACUGCUUCAUUCCCCUGGAGGGCCGAACGAACGAGGGUGUCUCUCCGAACGGGGAGGCACUCUUGAAGGACGAACGCAGUGGCCAACAGAAAGAGGUGAAUAAAAUAUACGGAGGAAGAUCCCCACGUGACGAAUCGUUCGAAAACGCAAUGAAAGCAUAUUUUAAUGCAAAGGCUAUCUACGACAAGUGGAAAAUUUAUUUUGAAGAAAAUAACUUCCAAGGCAAUGCUCAAGAAAAAUUUUUGUUUAACCUUUCCUUCAUUUAUAACGUGUACAAUUACCUAGUAUGGAUAUAUAUAUGUACGUAUUUUAAUGAAGAAAGCUAUUUCAACUUCUGCGAAAAUCAGAAAUUUUACCAAUUUAUGAAAAAAAUAAAUAUCCUUAAUGAGAAAAAAGAGUUUAAGCGGAACAGCAGUUUUGUGUCUACCAGUGACAUGUCCAUCAUAAUUCCCCAUUUUUUUUAUCCAAAGGAUUACAAAUUGUUAAAGGUUUUUUUGUACAUGCUGCAAGAUUCAGCUAAUCAAUUUAUUUCGAAAAAUAUUCAGUAUUUUCAAUUUCCCCUCGUUUUUAUUUUCUCCUCAGAUUCCAGAAAUUUCCAUUUCACUCAUUUUGACAUUAUAAAAAUUUCAAAAAAUAAUAACCUCAUUUAUUUGUUGUACAAGAGGGGCAAUGAGGGGUUGUUUUUGUCUGGCUUCCGGCCGUACAUAUGGAUACACAAAGUGUUGUUCGAUUUUGUGGAGUCCCUGUUCUUAUCGACUUUUGACGAUUAG